AUGGAUCGCAGCGUGGCGGAGGCCAUCCGGCAGCAGUCCGAGGACCUGCGGGAUGAGCUCAAGGAGCUGGAGCAGUGGGAGGACGCCAUGCAAGCGAGGGAGGUGGCUAGGACACAGCGCAAGGUGCCUCUGUCAGCCAAUGCGGCCGCAGCCGAACCACCCAUUCGAGGAACGGUGCCGUCACUGAAGGGGGCGAUACAGCAGCAGCAGGCGCGGGCAGCCGGCGCUGGUGGCGACACCGCUGCUGGAGCUGUGGCGGACCCGAUCCAGCAAGCCAAGGACAAGGGUAACGCGCUCUUCCAGAGCGGCUAUCUGUCGGAGGCGGUGGCGGCCUACACUGUGGGCAUCGACCUCGACCCAGCUAGCGCUACAACGCACGUCCUGUACGCGAACCGGGCGAUGUGCUACCUCAAGCUCGGUCAGUGGACGGCUGCGGAAAAGGACGCGACGACGUGCGUGCACAUGAACACUGGGUAUGUCAAGGCGUACUACCGGCGUGCUGUGGCACGCAAGCAGCUCGGCAAGCUGCACGAGGCGCGCGCAGAUCUUGAGGCAGUGCUUGCCCUCGCCCCCAAGGACGUCAGUGCUCAGCAGGAGAUGGAGAGCGUGACGAGGGCACUGCAGGCAAAGCGGGCCGCAGCGUCACAGGCCUCCGCCACAGCCGGCACUAGUGCGAAGAAGCGCAUCAUUAUCGAGGAGGUUGACAGCGAAGAUGAUGAAGCAGCGGGCGAGGCACCAGUGACAUCGGUUUCCAAGUUAUCAACGGAGGAGGAGGGCCUACGCCAGGCUUGCAUCGAGGAGGACCUGCGCAGGCUGGCGGCAGCGCGCGAGUCGCGCGAGGUGCAGGCGCGGCAGGAGGCACAGCGCGAGGCAGCAGCGCAGGCCCAGCGGCAGCGCCGCCAUGAGCGCGUCGAGAUAAUCGAGGAGGAGGAGAAGUCCUCCACGGAGGAAAAGAAGACGGCGUCCUCACCUGCCGCAGCCACCCCCGCAGUGAAGCAGACGCCAUCGUCAGUGACGUCAUCUCCGCCGGCCUCCUCGUCGCCCUCACCCACAUCCGCCACCACACGCGCCCGCCCACGCCCUUCCAUCGCCAAGGAGAGCCUUACCGCGCCCAAGUCCUUUAGCGAAUUCGAGCGCCGCUUUCGCGAGGUAGGCCAGCAGCCGGAGCUGCGCGACUACUACGUGCGGCAGCUCAACCCCGCCACCAUGGCGAACCUUUUUGGCAGCAAUAUGACGCCCGAGAUGCUUCUCGGCAUCCUGCAAGCCGUCAAGACCUUCCACUCCACAGUUGCCCUGCAGUACGCCAGAGGGCUGUGCCAGGUGCGUCGCGUCGAGGACCUGACGUUGUUUUUGAAUGCGCAGGAGAAGGCAGUCGUGCAAGAUGUACUGGACCUCCUUCGCUCAGCCCCUGACAUACCAGCCAAGGACAUCGAACACAUUGAACGCAAACUGAAGCCCUUGUAG